CUCGCUUGACUUCGCUCCGGCGUCGCUCGUUGUGGAUGUCUUUCCAGCCAGCGGCGUCUUUAGGGCCGGGCAGGGUUGCGGUGGUUGGUGCGUGAGGAGGGGGUCCCCAGCGCGGCCUCUCUCGAUGGGCCUCAGCCGCCUCGCGGAACUUGCGCCAUGGCUGCCCUUUACCAGAGCGCGGACCCGUCGGCCUCGGCCUCCCCAAACAAGCUGCUGGCGCUGAAGGACGUCAGGCAGGUGAAGGAGGAGACCACCCUGGAUGAGAAGCUCUUCCUCUUGGCGUGCGACAAAGGUGAUUACUACAUGGUGAAGAAGCUCUUGGAAGAGAAUAGCUCUGGUGAAAUGAACAUUAAUUGUGUGGAUGUGCUUGGGAGGAAUGCUGUUACCAUAACCAUCGAAAAUGAGAAUUUAGACAUAUUGCAAUUACUUUUGGAUUAUGGGUGCCAGUCCACAGAUGCACUUUUGGUGGCCAUUGACUCAGAAGUUGUGGGAGCGGUGGACAUACUACUCAAUCAUCGGCCAAAACGAUCUUCUAGACCAACAAUUGUUAAAUUGAUGGAACGUAUGCAGAAUCCAGAAUAUUCAACAACUAUGGACGUGGCCCCUGUCAUUUUAGCUGCUCACCGUAACAACUAUGAAAUCCUUACAAUGCUGUUAAAACAGGAUAUAUCCCUUCCCAAACCUCAUGCUGUGGGCUGUGAAUGCACAUUAUGUACAGCCAAGAACAAAAAAGAUAGUCUACGACAUUCCAGAUUUCGCCUUGAUAUAUAUCGGUGUUUGGCUAGUCCUGCCUUAAUAAUGUUGACUGAGGAGGAUCCAAUUCUAAGAGCUUUUGAGCUUAGUGCAGACUUAACAGAACUCAGCCUUGUAGAAGUUGAAUUCAGGAAUGAUUAUGAAGAACUAGCUCAGCAGUGUAAAACUUUUGCUAAAGACUUGCUUGCACAGGCACGGAAUUCAAGGGAACUUGAAGUUAUAUUAAACCAUACAGCAACUGAUGAGCAUGUGGAUAAACGAGGACUGCUAGAAGAAAGAAUGAAUCUGAGCCGCCUAAAGCUAGCUAUUAAGUAUAAUCAGAAGGAGUUUGUUUCUCAAUCCAAUUGCCAGCAGUUUCUUAACACUGUCUGGUUUGGACAAAUGGCUGGUUAUCGCCGCAAGCACACCUUUAAGAAGAUUUUUACAGUUUUGACAGUCGGAAUCUUUUGGCCUGUACUGUCUUUUUGUUAUUUAUUGGCUCCAAAAUCGCGAAUAGGGCGAAUAAUUCACACUCCUUUUAUGAAGUUUAUUAUACAUGGAGCUUCGUAUUUCACAUUUUUGCUAUUACUUAAUUUGUACUCAGUAGUCUAUAAUGAAGAUAAAAAAAACACAAUGGGACCAGCAUUGGAAAGAAUUGACUAUCUUCUAAUACUGUGGCUUAUAGGAAUGGUGUGGUCAGAUGUCAAAAGACUUUGGUAUGAAGGUUUGGAAGACUUCCUAGAUGAAUCUCGGAAUCAACUUAGUUUUGUUAUGAAUUCUCUCUAUUUAGCAACAUUUGCUCUCAAAAUAGUUGCCCACAACAAGUUCCAUGAUUUUGCUGAGAGAAAGGAUUGGGAUGCUUUCCAUCCUACGCUGGUGGCAGAAGGUCUGUUUGCUUUUGCUAAUGUUCUCAGUUAUCUCCGACUUUUCUUCAUGUAUACCACAAGUUCUGUCCUAGGGCCUCUUCAGAUUUCAAUGGGGCAGAUGUUGCAAGACUUUGGAAAAUUUAUUGGAAUGUUUCUUCUUGUAUUGUUCUCGUUCACUAUUGGAUUGACUCAACUCUAUGACAAAGAAUUCCCUGUAGAUGAAGAGAAGGACUGUGCUGGGAUCUUUUGCGAACAGCAAAGCAAUGACACAUUCCACUCGUUCAUUGGUACCUGUUUUGCCCUGUUCUGGUAUAUAUUUUCUCUUGCGCACGUAGCAAUAUUUGUUACCAGAUUUAAUUAUGGUGAAGAGCUGCAGUCGUCUGUGGGUGCUGUUAUUGUUGGCACAUAUAAUGUAGUAGUGGUAAUUGUCCUUACAAAGCUCUUAGUGGCGAUGCUUCAUAAAAGUUUUCAGCUGAUAGCAAAUCAUGAGGACAAAGAAUGGAAGUUCGCUCGUGCUAAGCUCUGGCUCAGCUACUUUGAUGACAAAUGUACAUUACCUCCACCUUUCAAUAUAAUUCCUUCUCCAAAGACUAUCUGCUAUCUGUUUAACAGCCUCAGUAAAUGGAUCUGUUCUCAUACAUCAUCUGGCAAAGUCAAGCGGCAAAAUAGCUUAAAGGAGUGGAAAAAUCUGAAACAAAAGAGGAAUGAGAAUUACCAAAAAGUGAUGUGUUGCUUAGUUCAUCGUUACUUGACUUCCAUGAGACAGAGAAUGCAAAGCACAGAUCAGGCAACUGUAGAAAACCUCAAUGAACUACGGCAGGACUUAUCAAAAUUCCGAAAUGAAAUGAGAGAUCUGCUUGGCUUCCGGACUUCUAAAUAUGCCAUAUUUUAUCAAAGAAAUUAAGAUUCAGAAUGCAAAAAAUUAGGUAAACUCAUCGAAAUAUAUUUGUUUCAUCCCAAAUGACAACCAUUUUUAGUAAGUACUUUAAACAGUAUCAUUGCAUGAGCUGGAGUCAAGUUCAGGUGUGAAAGAAUAUCACUGUUUAUGUAUUUUUGAAGCUUUUAUUAUGUGUAUAGCGUGUAAUAUUUGUACAUAGUCAAUUGGAGCAUAACAGAUUUCAUUGAAAGUGUGACUGACUUUAGUUUCAUGGCUUGAGUGCUGAAGAAAUGGUUUCUGAAGAUUUUAAGUUUGUUUUCCAAUUAUGAAUGAAUUUGCCUUGUUAAUUAGGUGCCAAGUAUAAUUAAGGUCCCAAGCUCUGGGUUCAUGUGGACUACUUUCUAGCUAAAAUUUUGCACUUCUGGUUGGACUGAUUUUUUCUUAUCUAAAGUCCACAUUUUUAGGAAAAACAAAUUCCCUUAACAUUUACUUGCUAUUAACAAUCAAGCUAAAUUGAUUAAUUUAUUACUAGAAAUUACUGCUAUGUGCGAAAUUCAGAGGAAGAAUCCAAUGCAAAAAUGCUGAAUUAAUAUAGGAUCUCUUGAUGAAUCUUGUCUUACUCCAAGCUUAAACAAGCCUCACUUAACUGCAGGAGUUAAUAGCUUAGCUUAGCCCACCGUUUAUAAAUGUGAAUUAGUUUACUUAUUGUGUUUCACGCUGCAACUUUCUUGAUUAGAUCUAAUUCUAUGUUCAUCUUAUGCAACCCAUCCUUCAACAUUUAGAACUGGUUCUCAUCUACCUUGAAUAAACUGAUUUCUCUUUGAUUGUU